AUGCCAUUGUCAGUGGCGGGUGCCGUAGCCGCUCUAGCGCUGCCCCUAGCCACAACAACUAUGGAGAUGACACCCGUCAAAUAUCGAGGCUGGACUGUCCCCUCGGGUCCGGAAAAUAAUCAGGAAUUCUUAGGUGUGGUUACCACCAAAAGUGUUCCGUUUAUUUCCCGGACACCUAGACUGUAUCAGCCAGAGGCAAAGCCAGACAAGAGCGUCACGGCACCUACCAGCGCUGAGCAUCCGUCAUUCUUGAACUCUAAUAGCACCACAAGCCCGAAACCCAUCGGCCUGGGUCAGAGCGCUCCAAUCUCGUGA